AUGUGUUUAUUGAUAUUACGAGAUCCUGUACAAUUCAGAAAUUGUGGACAUCGACAGUGCCAAUCAUGCUUGGAUGCUCAAUAUGAAACGACAAUUAAAUGUCGACAAUGUCAAUCAGAAACAUCACGUAUCGAGAUAAUACUUGACCGAGGAUUCAAAAAUGAUAUGAAAUCACUACAUAUUGAUUGUUGUUUUUGUCAAUGGAGUGGCAUCUUAGAUAAUUAUCAAAAACAUCUUGAUGAAUCACAUUCAAAUCUGAAGUGCGAAUACUGUGGUGAACAGUUCAACUCAGCUAACAAAUUCAAUGAACAUAAAGUUUCCGAGUGUCAAAACUUGACUAUUGAUUGUAAAUUGAAAGAGUUUGGUUGUAAUGAACGAAUUAUUCGUACCGAAAUGGAAGAUCAUUAUUUAAAUGAAGAACAUCAAUGUGCCAUAAUGAAAAUUGUUCGUCAAAUGUUAUCGCAAUUAGUUGAUAGGUCAAUGAAUAAUGAUCUUCCUCGAAUAACAACUGCAGGAGAUUGUAAUCCUGCUACAAUUCAAUUACAAGAGCUUUAUGAAAUGUUUGAUAUCUUGACAGGUGGCAUUGAAACAUUGAACAAUGACCAACAACGUCUAAGCAAUGAAUCACUUCAAAUUCAAAUUAUACUUCCAACAUUGACAGAAGAAUUAUCAAAAGUUAGAUUAUCUGUUGAAGAAUCAAAUGGUUUUUUGAAAGGAGUGAAACAUAAUCAAGACAUUCUCAAUCAAGAUUUAGAAUCAUUGCAAGAAAAAAUCAAUGAUUUACAAUAUGUUUCAUAUGAUGGAACAUUAGUUUGGAAAAUUUCAAACUUUAAAGAGAAGUUAAUUGAUACCCAGUCUGAAAGACAAAUAAGUAUUUAUUCACCUCCAUUUUAUUCAUCUCCAAAUGGUUACAAAAUGAGAGCUCGUUUGUAUUUAAAUGGUGAUGGAAAUGCUCGUCGUACACAUAUGUCACUCUUUUUUGUGCUUAUGCGAAGUGUGAACGAUCCAAUUCUCAAGUUUCCGUUCAACUAUAAAGUCACAUUUUGUUUGUACGAUCAAACACCUACACAACGACAUAUUAUCGAUUCAUUUCGACCAGACAUUAAAUCAAAUAGUUUUCAACGACCUCGAUCGGAUAUGAAUAUCGCCAGUGGUAUACCAAAAUUUAUCCCAUUGGAAAUAGUUCAACAGGAAAAAAAUCCAUAUGUACGAGAUGACACAAUGUUCAUCAAAAUUAUGGUUGAUUUUGAAGAUUUACACAAAACACUGUUGCCUUACGCUUUAAGUCUCAAUCCAGGUCUACCAACACAUAUUCAACAAGCGAUGAUCAAGCAAGAAGCAGAACGUAGAUCUCAAACAAUGACCUGA